AUGCCUGAUACACUCUCAAGCACUCCUGCCAUUCCACGGCUGCCAUCCGACGUUGCAGACGAGUUCUCCGGCCCUGGCUCGCAAAGUACGAGUGCAGCCUCUGCUCCCUCUCACGUCCAUUCUAUCCCCCCCGAGAUACUCAUCCACAUCUUCGUCUGGCUCAUCACUUUCAAUCCAAUACCCGCGUUAUGA